AUGGAAAAAAAGGAGAAGGGUGGGUCUAAGGGUUCCAUUGACAAGACAUACAUUAACAAGUCGUCUGCUUGUCAAUCUGGAGCUUCUCGAAAUGAAGACAGUACCACAUGUCCUAACACGAAUGGAUCUGGACCUGAGUAUAUGUCCGUUGAGGCGUUUAAGGCCCAGGUUUCUGCAGAUGCCGCUGAACGUUCUAAACUACGAGCAAAGCGCCGUGCCAAAGCGGACGAGUUUAAGCUGCAAGCAAAUGAGUUUUUUAAAGUUGGAGAUUGGGAGAGUGCCCUAAAUUUGUACUCCAAGGCCAUUGACGCUUGUCGAGACAUGCCGGUUUUAUACACUAAUCGGGCACAAGCUUAUCUCAAACUCGGUCGUCCAGAGCAGGCCUUAGCGGACUGCGAUUUGGCACUGCGUAUUCUUCCCAUGGAACCAAAGACUACUCCAACUGACAUUGGUGACGACGCAGAAGCCGCAUGUGCGCUUAAUCAACAAGCUGCGAAAGCCUGCCUUCACCGAGGAAAAGCUUUGCUUACUCUUCGUCGCCCAUGUGAUGCCCUGCGUGCUUACGUUGAUGCCCGUGCUUUUCGCGCCUUCGCGUUAAAACCCGCCAGCGCCGUUAUGCCCGAUCCCGAUUCGGAUGAUUGGCCGCCCUUCCUCCGUGAAUAUGUUGCUCAAGCAAAAGCCGCGAUAGCUGCUGAAAAUCUUGAUUCUCAAGCCUCGGCCAAACUCUCUUCACCAUCCAGUACUGAGCCACUUCUUCUAAAGCCAACCGAAGAACGCUUUCUCCGACUUAUAACAGAAGCCGCACUUGAUGACCGUGGAAUACGUGAAUGCACAUCCACUCUGCGUCAGAUGGCUUCGUUGUUAAGUGCAGCGAAUGUGGUAGCUAAACUUCCUCCGUCACCUGAUAGUGAACAAGGUGAAGAUGGGACCCACGAAGGCCAUGAGGCUACCGAUGGUGUGAUCGCUCCCACCGGUGACCACCCAAAGGGGUCCAGUAAGGAACAUAAGAAAAAGAAGGAAAAUGGUACAACAUUAAAGACCUCGAUCUCUUUACCCGUAAAUGAAGCUGACACCACUGCUACAAUUGACGAGGUGGCCACACUAGCAAAACUGCAGUCCUACUUCCGAGUUAGGAACGGGUUUAAAGUAUUGAGGUCGCAGAUGAAGCUGUAUGAUGCUCCCAAUAUACUGAAGCAGUUCAGACGUCGCGGCGGCUAUGCAGCCAAGUCGACCCCAGAUGCGCAGAAGGGGGAGGAUGUUUUGGCCAUACUCGAUCACCUACUCAGCUUGAUCACUGUGUGUUACCAGCUGGCACGCGAUUGCGGCGAGAAUCAGCGUCUUCUGGUUGAGUCGAUGCCUCAACUCUUCUCCACUUUGCUUAUUGACUGCCUUCAGGUUUCGCCUUGCUAUGCUCAAAUCCCUACCUCCCUUUCCGACACAUCUGAAAACGCCGCCAUGCAAGAAGUGCGAUUCCGCCACGUGCUUGGUCUGCUGCAGUGCUCGGCUUGCGACCUCAUCGCCCUGAUGUCCUUCGAGGCAAGCGGUCGGGAGGGUCUGAUUACCCACCCCGGGCCUGCCGUUCUCCUCUCGGCCCUUGCCACUUGCCUUUCCGAUGCACUGGGGCUUCCCGUGUCAAGGGCCACCACCAAUCGAAAGGCCACCUCGUCCACCCAGCAGCGUCCUUCCAGCGACUGUUUUGCCACGCAGGCUGUCGCUGCAACAGCCAAGAUCCUCGAAAACCUCACUGAAAGCCCUCGCUUUAUUGUAAGCGUUCGUCUCACUUUUCACGGAUGCAAACCACUAUCCGCAUCAUUACAGGACCCUGGUGACUACUUUACCCGCGUUCAAAUCGGCCAUCUUAAAUGCUUCAUGCGGUAUAAUAAUUCAAUGGUUCGGUCGUCGGACUGUUUUGCAAGCCUGCAAGACGUCAUCGAAGCUGCCAUCGCUCCUGCCUCUUCUGGAAGUGCCACGACAUCAGCUCCGGUCGCAUGUCUGUCUCAACUUCUGGACAGCCUCUCUGCAGCCUCGGAUGACCCAGUUCUUCGACACACAAUGAUUACCAAACCGAACUUUCUUAUCAAUCUCACCAACUGCGCCCUUCGCCAUGUCCCCCUCAUGAUCGACGAAAGUCACACUGCCCUGGUAGGUUCUCUGUGUCGAUUGUUGCACAACUUCCUCACGGGUGAACAGCAGGUGCCGUUGGCUCGCUGCGAGAUGGAGGCCCUCCUGAACCUCGUGGGCAGCAUUCUCGAUCAGCCCUCGCGGAGUUCGGCGCUCAUCUCCGUUUCGAUUGCCCUCCUCGGCAAGUUCAUGCCCCUCUGCGCCGCCGACCUGGUUGACAAGUGGAGCCACACAGGCAAGGAUGCAACUAAACCGUUUUCCAAAAAAGCCCAGCCUUCUCAGCCCAAGCUCAAGGAACGAGUCAGCAUUCUUAUUUCCAUCAUUUCCUCCUACUCUGCCUCCGUUCUUGAAGAAGCUCCGUCUCCGCCAAUCGCACUCUGCGGAAGUCGAAAUGACACUCAAACCACCAACGGCAAGUCGCAGUAUGCAGCAAACGUAUAUGAAUCGUCGGAGAGCCUUGCUGCCCAUCGAUUGCGUGGGGCCAUUCGAGCCCUCUCUGCCAUAACCAGAGCUCCCGGUUGCGGUGAUGUGCGCGUUGCCAUUGGCGACAGCCGACUCAUCUCGCGCCGGCUGGCCCAGUUAAUUCGGGCUCGAGCACCGCAUGCGGCCGAGGCGGACGCGAGGUCGCCACCUGCGAGAGACGAACCCCUGACCGCCAACGUCUGCCUCAUUCUCGAGGCCUGUAUCGAGGACACUGUGAUGGCUGAAAACCUCGUCGGAACCUCCAUUAUUAUGGAUCUCCUCAAACUCAUUCAGGAGUCGAAGAAACCCCAGACUAAGCGGAAUGCCGCCUGUGUGAUUGGUCGAUUGGCCUCGGCCAGCCAUGUUCAUCGGGAGGAGGUGUCUCGUUUGAACGGGAUGUCCGUGUUGUCGCAUUUUAACUCCUGGACGGCUCAGGUUGGUGCAACCCAGCACGCGCCAGGAAUGCUCUUCUAA